AUGACCGAACCCGAUGUGAUCACUCUAGAUGACUCCGAUGACGACGAUGACGAACUGGAGAGGGACGACAAGGAAUACGAACCUACAGAUGAUGAAUAUGAGAAUCCAGAGUUUAUCGAGCUCAGUGAUGAUGACAUGGACACGAUUAGCGCAUCGAUCAAUAGAAGAUCAACCACUUCGUCUAGUUCCGAACGAGAUUCCACACCGGAGAGCAGCUCCGGAUCAAAAAAACGACGGGAAUUCGGAGGUCUUUGCGAUGACAAUGAUUCCGGGAAAUUCCAAAAAAGAAUGGCGCAAUUGGAUAUUCUCAAUCUCAACCCGGAAUAUAUAAUCACCAGAAUGGUAACGUCGGAAGAGUUUGGCGACUCGGAAGAGCCCUGGAAAGUUGACAAAUCAGUGUGGAACCGACUCCAUGACUUCCAAAAAGAAGGCGUUAUUUGGCUCCAGAAGAAGACUGAUCACCGGAGUGGAGGUAUUCUGGCGGACGAAAUGGGACUUGGAAAGACAAUUCAAGCGGUUGUAUAUCUUCGAUCUAUUGCUGAAACUAAUCGAGUUCAUUACAAAUGUACAGGCCUCGAUACAGCUCUUAUUGUGUGCAACGUCUCUAUUCUAUCUCAAUGGAUCGAAGUUCUCAAUGAAUGGUUUCCAAAAGUCCGUGUAUUCCUUCUCCAUAAACAUAGCUCAACGGGUCGGAAUGAGAAUUACGAAAGCGAUGUGUUUGAGAAGUUGAAAAGACGGGACCAAGAGUUUCCACAUGGGGCAGUUGUGCUGACCACCUACUCCCUCUUCACUCGCUUACAAAAACCUCUAGUAAAACAGUUCUGGCAAGUUGUGAUUCUGGACGAAGGUCAUCACAUUCGGAAUGAGGAUACAAAGUGUUCGAAGGCUAUGCGUCAACUGAUGACUACACAGAGGUUUAUCCUCACUGGAACUCCAUUUCAAAAUCGACUUGCCGAGUUUUGGAAACUUGUCGACUUCGUACACCCGGGAAGAUUGUCGGACUCGUCAACGUUUCAUCGUAACUUUACCCAUAUCAUCAACGCAGGAGCCAAUUUGAAGUGUUCACCACAGGCUGCAGCUAAAGCCUAUGAAUGUCUUGUUGCUCUCCACAGAGCUGUGAAACCACUCAUUCUCAGACGUCUCCAAGUGGACCACAAGGAUAUCCUCAACUUGCCCGAGAAGAAUGAGCUUGUACUCAGCUGCGAGUUAUCUCACAGACAACGUCGUCUUUAUGAAGAAUACGGAAAUUCGAGAGAAGUGGCUGAAAUUCUUGAGAGACGUCUGAAGCCAUUCAUUGGGUUCAACAAGAUUGGUGAUAUUUGCAAUCAUCCGGGCCUCUACAGAGGUGCAAUUCCUGGUAGCUCCAAGUUCGGGGAGAUCAAACACAGUGGAAAAGUUGCAAUGACUUUCAAGUUAUUCGACGAAUGGUUCAAGGAUCCAAAGAAUCGAGUCAUCUUUUUCACUCAACGACGCAAGGUUGUCUCAAUGAUGGAGUACUUUUUAGAUCAGAAUAGAAUUCGUCAUGCAUCCCUUACUGGGUCCACCACCGCGGCUGCUCGUCCGAAAAUAAUCAAGAAAUUUGAAGAAGACCCUGACAUCAAAGUCUUUCUGAUGACUACACGUGCCGGUGGCCUUGGACUCAACCUGACAUGUGCCAACAAGGUUAUCAUCUUCGAUCCGGAUUGGAACCCACAAGCAGAUAAUCAAGCGAAAAACAGAAUCUAUCGUAUGGGUCAAGAAAAUGACGUGUCUAUUGUGCGACUUAUUUCAAAUGGCACUUUGGAGGACCGAAAAUUUUUCAAGCAAGUCCAGAAAGAGAUGCUUGCCGCCCAACUCCUUCACAAUGCCGACGUUGAGCAUGUUAUUCCGAACAACACGUUACACGAUCUGUUCCGAUUGAAACCAAAAGGACUUGAUGGAUCAGAAAUUGGUGUUUACAUGUCAGGAGAAAUUGCUCCAGAUAGUUCACUGAGGAGGAACAGCGAAAACAAAAAAGAGCGAAAGGCAGAAAGAAAGAUUGCUAAGAAGAAAAUGAAAAACAAGUUGGAGGGAUUUGAAGAUAAGCAACUGCUGUUGUCUCUUUUUGACGAUAAGAAAUUGGUGGCAAUGCGAGAGCAUUCAAUCACAGUUCAAAACUCGGCCACAAUGAAUCGAAUCGAGAAACAAAAGAUGCGAAAAGCGGUGGAUGACGCAGUUGGGAGCUUACUCCACACGGAAGGUCGUCUUGCACACACUUGGAAGCAAGAGUUCCACAAACAACUUCGGUGUUCCAAAAAUCCAAUCAAAAGUGACUACUUUGUGGAAAAAGAACAACUGGAUUCGUACUGGGAAACUGUCCAUUCCCAAUUCCGUGCUAAUGAUGACCAAAGAGAGCUUGACCGGCUUGUAGUUCUCGCGAAGAAAAUGUUAGUCUACUUAAAUGGUGUUCCGGAAGCUCGUGAAGAUGCCAUCCAUCGCAUGUUCGUAAUUGAAGCCGAUCGUUCAAAUCCCACCCAGCUGUACUUCUUCAAGGAAAUACUUUCCACCUUAGCUCGCUACAAUCCAGAAACUAAACUAUGGAAAAUUCGAUCCACAUACCGGAACGUGGAAGUGGUGGAACCAAAAAUAAGGUUGUCGGAGGAACACCGUUUUGUCGAACGAAAGAAGAUUAAACUGGCACCUUCACAAAAAGAUCCACAUUCUUCAAAUGGUCCAAACACCUCGUCGGUCUAA